CGAGCAGCGACACACACUGAGUGACUUACUGGAGUACCGAGCGCGCGGAUGAACCUGCACUAACCGAUCAUGACACUUCUGGUGUCGCCCGGCGCUGCACACCUCUUGUCUAGCACUGAUGGUAUCUGUGACCGACCGCUGCCCACUCUGUGUCCAUUCUGAGAAUCAUGCUGUCUGGCAGCUGGCGUCGAGGAACCAUCAUGCCCUCUUUGAGCAGCCCGAUUGGGGGUAAAGGCGGGCCGGGGGCCGGGUCCAGACUGGGAAGUACCGUGAUACUGGAAGCGCAGUAUGACUACUCGUACCGUGGUGCAGACGGGCGUUUGGUGUCCAUACACGAGGGUGAACGCUUCCUGCUUCUAAAGAAGACGAAUGCAGACUGGUGGCAGGCGAGAAGGAUUGGGGUGGGUGUGAAGGCCAAACCCAUUUAUGUGCCCGCCACAUACGUCAUAGAGCUGCCCGUCAGCACGUUCCGCCCCUCGCAGCCCAACAGCCAAUCAGAAUGUGACGGUUUCAAGAUGAUUCCUCGCAGUUCACUCACACCCUGCAUGCAAACACAUGGCUCAGUGCCUGAUAAACAGUUCUGUCGCUCUAUGGAGAAUCUCAACAGCAGCAGUGCUUUGAUGGACACACGUGUCGGUGGAGUGUUUCUAAAAGGGCAUUUCCCAACAUUACCGCUCUCCGGUUCCUCUGCCUCGCCCUCGGGUCACCUCGCGUUUCCGGGUGGGUUUUUGAAUUCCGGAGGCCCAAUCGCCCGCAGCCAAAGCUCCAGUAAUCUACCCCAGAACCCGUACCAGGACACAAACUGCUCUAAACCCAGUAUAACCAGCCCCAGCAAAUCCUACAGCCAAUGGGACAUGAGCAGCUCUGCACGCCGACACACAGAGGGGAACAUACAGCUUUCAUCUCCAGGAUACAUUUCCCAGAAUUCCCUGUCAGAGCAGGGGAGGAGACGGUGGACAGAGCCUCCUAAGCCGUUGCCGGGUCAGUGCCCCCUGCAAACGCUGCAGCUGUGGGAUCAGUACCACGACCCUAGUUCUGGACGCUGUUAUUACGUCAACACCUUUACGAAAGAGCGCUCGUGGAAACCUCCACGGCGAUCCCGCGAGAGAGAUGGCAACCAAAACAAAGUCGAUGUUGUGCAUGUAGAGGCGGUUCAACGUGACACCAGGCACCUGUCACUCUCUUUACAAACUUCAGGAAGCAACUCUAUGCACAGGCUGUCACCUGACUUCACCUACAUUACUCACGAUGCCAAUGGUUGGCAGGUGAAUCAGAAGAGUAUGCAGUGCGCUGUGUCGUCAGAUGCUCUCAGCUCGAACUCAUCCAGCUACGAGGAUGCGUAUUGCAGGAACUGCACUCCAGCAGGGGGCGUGUCACACAUGAGCCACUCCUACUCCAUGUUUCUGCCAUCACAAACGCAGAGGACAUCUGCAAACGGCAAGUCGGAUUACAGGGCAGUUGUCGAACCCCCGUCAUCUGACAGCUCGCCAGACAGUGAAGGAGUCACACCGGAGCUAGAAAAGGCCGGUCUUCUCAACAAAACCAAGAUAGCAGAAGGAGGCAGGAAAUUGAGAAAAAACUGGAACCCGUCAUGGGUGGUUUUGGUGGGAAACAGUCUUGUAUUCUUCAAAGACCCCAAAAGCCAGAAUCCUGACAGCUGGAAACCAGGUAACAGUCGUCCAGAGAGCAGUGUGGAUCUGAGAGGAGCUCAGCUACAGUGGGCCAAUGAUCUCUCCAGCAGAAAGAACGUCUUUAAGCUCAGGACAGUUACAGGAAAUGAAUUCUUGCUGCAGUCAGAAAUGGACUCUCUCAUCAGAGAAUGGUACAGAACCAUCCAGAAAGUGAUUGACAGACUGGACAAAGAGAACCCUCUAGAUAAUAUGUCGCUGUAUGCUCUGAGGAGAGCUGGAUCAGUGGAGAUGUUGGACCAGAGUGGAGAUGAAGAUGAAAAUCGAGGAGGAUUCAAAGCGUUGCUCCCUCGCUCCAUCUCGAACUUGGAGAACUCUGAACGCAAGCGUGUGAAGAGCCGUUUGAAGAAGUUUAUUCUCCGGAGACCUCCACUGCAGACGCUUCAGGAGAAAGGACUUAUUAAAGAUCAGGUGUUUGGUUGUAGUUUGGAGCUGCUGUAUGACAGAGAGAAAAACACAGUUCCACAGUUUGUCAGGAAGUGCACAGAGGCCGUUGAGAGAAGAGGGUUGGAGACUGAUGGUAUUUACAGAGUGAGCGGGAAUCUUGCGGUCAUUCAGAAACUUCGCUUCGCUGUCGAUCAUGAGCGAGCGAUCACCACAGACGGCCGAUAUCUCUUUCCUGAGGGUUUAGUUCAAGAGCGUUUGGAUCUGGAUGAUCCGCAGUGGGAGGACAUUCACGUCAUCACUGGAGCGCUUAAGCUGUUCUUCAGGGAAUUACCCGAACCACUCAUACCAUACAGAUUCUUCCACGACAUCGUAGAGACUGUCAAAUUACCUGAUUACCAGGAUAAGGUGGACAGACUGAAGCUGCUGGUCAUCAGUAUGCCGCCACCAAACCAUGACACCUUAAAGCACAUUAUACAACACCUCAAACGUGUGAUGGAGCAGUCCGACAGCAAUCGCAUGACGACGCAGAACAUCGGCAUUGUGUUCGGCCCCACUCUCAUGCGUCCAGAGAACGAGUGUGGAAACAUGGCUAUUAACAUGGUGUAUCAGAACCAGGCCAUAGAACUCCUGCUGAGUGAAUAUGAGCAGAUCUUUGGACCCAAGACCAUCGGCUCUUAUUAAGACAAGAACUGCAGAGUGACCUCACAGAACAGUGAGAUGAGACACAGACGGGCAGAUGGGUUAUCUGUCUUUACACGGUUCUAAUCCACAAGAUGGACAAAUUCAUGGAGGGUUUUUCACGUCUUCCAAAGCAAAAUGAGCAUCACCGUCAAGACGAACUUCAGAUACAUGAGAGGCAUUUAUAAAUGUGUAAAUCUCACAAGAACAUGUCCAGGUCAUAUUUCACCUCAAAAUGGAAAGAAAAAAAUAAGAAAUUAUAUUUUGUAUAAAGAAAAUGAAGCCUUUUAUUAGGACCAUUAAGAUUGUCAUUACUGUAAUUCAGUCAUGUUUUACAGUAUUACAGUAAAAAAGUGUAAUGGCAUUUUCACACCGGAUGCCACACGAAAAAGCGAGACCACUGCUGGUGAAAUAUAACCUGGACAUUUGUUCUUUCAUGAGACAAGAGGGUGUGUGUGUGUGUGUGUGUGUGUGUGGUCUGUAUCUGAACUCGUAAGAUCUUCCCUAGUGCCUUUGUGUUUUAUUUUCAAACUACUUGCAUCUUUGAGCAAAGUUAAUGCACAAUGCAAAGCUGUCAAAUAAAGCCGUACAUGUCACUCAAUAAUGAUGUUCAGCGCAGGUCAAAAGUUGAACACAUUCAAUCGUUUGAGUCAUUAGACGCCUUUUAAUAGACAAAUAAAACAUUGUAUAAUUCACUCCAAAAUGCGACGUAAUUCUAUUCCCAUUGUUCCAGUGUGGUGGUUGUGCGUGUGUGUGUGUGCCACUCGCUCUGCUGCCAUUUGUCCAAAACUCUGCUUUUAAUAACAGAACAAAAGAUGAACUAAAAAUGCAUAUGUUUAAAAAAUGUGUAUCCCCCCUCCUCGUCCCACACGCCGUGGUUUGGUAAUUUUAUAUGGACUGUGGCUUUGGCUGUAGACAAAAAGAGCAAUAGAGAAAGCCUACACGGAUUUUAAUGUUCCAUUUUAUAUAUUUAUUCAUUUUUAUUUUCUUAUUUAAAUUCUCUGAGGGGCUCUGAAGGGGUUUGUGGAGGUUUCUGAUGAAGGUUAUUUCAAAACAGAACACAAACGACUGAAGAUAUAUUAUUAUUAUUAUUAUUAUUAUUAUUAUUAUUAUUAUUAUUGUUUUUUAUAGUGUGAAGUUGUUUUGCCUGUUUAUCUUUGUGCCAGUAAUCUUGCUGAAACCAGUAGAAGUCCAUUUCUGCCUCAUAAAAAAGCUGUGAUUUGGUGGGUCAAAAGUAUGUGAUACAAAGUCUUCAUUUUGAGAGAGUCAAAUUUAUGAGAGAAAUUCUUAAUUAUGAGAUAAAAAGUCAAAAUUGAGAUAGUAAGUCAUAAUUAUGAGAGAAAAAUUAAUUAUGAGAAAAAUUAAUAAUUAUGAGAAAAAUUAAUAAUUAUGAGAUAAAAUUAAAAUUGAGAUACUAAGUCAUAAUUAUGAGAUAAAAAGUAAAAAUUGAGUCAUAAUUGAGAUAAUAGAUCAAAACUAUGAGUGUAAAACGUCUUAAUUAUGAGAUUAAAAAAAAGUACAAAUUGAGAGUCAAAUUAAUGAUAAAAAUGUAUAAUUAUGACAUAAAAAGUCCAAAUUGAGAUAAUAUUUUUUGAGAGUCAAAUUUAUGAGAUAAAAAGUAAUAAUUAUGAGAGAAAGUCAAAACUGAGAGAAAAAAUUCUUAAUUAUGAGAUAUUAAGUCAAAAUUAUGGGAUAAAAAAUUGAAAUUAUGAGAGAGUGUAAAUAUUUUGAGAUUCUCAUUAUUUAUCUCAAAAUGUUUAUAUGAAAAGCCACAAUAAUGAGAUAUAGUCAUAAGUGUGAGAUAAACAGUCUUAAUUGUGAGAUAAAAUACAUAAUUAUGAGAUUAAAAGUCAAAAUGGAGAUAAAAAGUAAAAAUUAUGAGGAAAAAUUAAUAAUUAUGAGAUAAAAAGUUAAAAUUGAGAUAAAAAGACAUAAUUAUGAGAUAGUCAAAACUAUGAUAUAAAAAGUUAAAUUUAUGAGAAAAUUAAUAAUUAUGAGAUAAAAAGUAAAAAUUGAGAUACUAAGUCAAAAUUAUGGGAUAGUCAAAAUAAUGAGAUAAAGUAAAAAUUGAGUCAUAAUUAUGAGCUAAAAAAGUGAAAAUGAUGAGUUAGUCAAAACAAUGAGAGCAAAAAGUCUUAAUUUUGAGAAUUCAAAUUUAUGAGAAAUUAAUAAUUAUGAGAUAAAAAGUAAAAAUUGAGUCAUAAUUAUGAGAUAAAUUCAAAACUAUGAGAGAAAUUCUUAAUUAUGAGAUAAAAAGUAAAAAUUGAGAUACUAAGUUGAAAUUAUGAGAUAAAAAGUAAAAAUUUUGAGUCAUAAUUAUGAGAAAAAUUCAUAAUUAUGACAUAAAAAGUCCAAAUUGAGAUACUAAAUCAAAAUUAUGGGAUAAAAAAUCAAAAUUAUGAGAUAAAGUAAACAUUUUGAGAUUAUCUCAUAAUUAUUACUUUUUGUCCCAUAAUUAUGACUAUCUCAAAAUGUUUAUUUGAAAAGCCACAAUAAUGAGAUAUAGUCAUAAUUAUGAGAUAAAAAAGUUAGUUUUUCGAUAAAAAGUCACAGUAAUGAGAUCAUCUCGUUAUCAUGAUCUAGUAUCUCAUAAUUAUGAUUUCAAAGCACAACUGUUUUAUGUAGCAGAAAUGGGUUUCCAUAGAAACCUUUCGGCCAAUUAGAAAAACCCUUUGCAAAUGACUAAAUGUGAGUGAGGCCUGUGAUAAAGUCAUAAUCGACUCUAAUAUUAAAAAUUCUGUCAUCAUCUACUCACACUUAUGUUGUUCCAAACCCGUUUGAUUUUUUUUUUCCCACACAAAAGAUGUUUAGCAGAAAGUUCAUGCUGUUCUUUACCAUACAAUGAGAGUGAAUGAGGACUGACACCUUGAAAGUAUAAUAAAGAUAGUUCAAACGACUCGUUUGCUAUAUUCCAAGUCUUCUGAAGACAUAUGAUAGCUUCAAAGGUUUACAACAAUAUGAGGGUGAGUAAAUGAUGACAGGAUUUUCAUUUUUGUGUGAGCUGUCCCUUUAAGAGAAAUAGGCAUAUGUAAUAUAAAUUAAGUUCAUUGUCUGGCUUCAUAACCAGUCCUUGUAUUCCUACACUGUCUCUACAUAUUUCAUUAUGUCUGUAAUCUUAAAUGUGAGAACUCAUUUUUCUUUUUCUUUUGUUAUCUGUACAUUAACUUGUAUCUCAUAUAGCUGGAAAACAUUUCUCACGACACCACAUACAGUAGCCGAUGUAUAAUUCGCUUUUCCUCCCUUCAAAUUCUGUAUUUCACAAUCAUUUGACAAUAAAAAAAAGAGAAAAGUCA